AGCCGGUCUGUCACGCAGAAAUGAUUUAAUUAUAAACUCAGUUUCAUUCUGUACACGUGGACUUUCACACACUAGCAGCAAAACACACAGAGUUUCAUUCAGACUGUAAAUAAACAUCAUAUUAGAAUCAAUACUGAGAUCGCUGUCUGAACAUCUCGUUGGAACGUUGGAAACCUGGAACGUUCUCGUUAUGGACGGGGAGAGAAGCUGCAGGAGCUUUCUGUACACUGUCAAGUCCACAUCUCUGUCUUCACCCAGCUCAUCAUCGCCUGUUUCAUCCGGAAUUAAAGCCGUUCUUCUGUGACUACCAGCAGAAGCGCCGGUGAAUCCAACAUAAACAUCAUCUCCAACUCAUCUUGUAAAGCUAAGUAUAUUACUUUGUUACUAUGGCCCCAGCAGGAGCUUUGUAUCCAUGUUCCGAGUGUAAUAUGUUCAGUUAUUCCUUCUCCGUGUUUAGUGAUAACUUUACAUGUGAUAAGUGUAGAUUAGUUGUUAGUCUGACGGAGAAGAUCUCAGUGUUAGAAGGGCGCAUUCGGGCGUUAGAACAGACUACUACUAGUGAGUGUUUAGAUUCAGCUGUAGCAGUCCCGAAUGCCAGCAGUUCAGGUACAGAACCCCAGACUCCGGCAUUAGAGCCCUCACAGCGGGGCGACUGGGUGACGUCUCGGCGACAUAGUCGUAGGGAAAAGCACCGACCAUCUCAGUUGCACGUGUCCAACAGGUUUUCCCCACUCAGUGACCCACCCGCUGAGAAGCCUGUUAAUGUAAGUGCUCUGGUUAUAGGAGAUUCUCAGCUCCGACACGUGCGUAUUGCAACCCCCAUAGAGACACCAGCAACCAUAGUCACCUGUAUUCCGGGGGCCAGGGCGCCUGACAUCAGAGCAAAUCUAAAAGUGCUGGCUAAUGCUAAUCGUAGAUUUUCGAAGAUUGUUAUCCACGUCGGCACUAAUGAUGUUCGCUUACGGCAGUCUGAGGUUACUAAGAGUAAUGUUAAAGAGGUGUGUGAGUUAGCUAGGUCGAUGUCUGAGGCAGUAGUGUGCUCUGGCCCCUUACCGAUUCGACCCAGUGGCGAAACCUAUAGCAGGUUGUUGUCGCUGAACCGCUGGAUGUCUAAAUGGUGCUCAGAAAACUGCAUUGAUUUUGUAGAUAACUGGUCCACCUUUGAGGGAAGGCCUGGUCUUUUGAAGCGGGAUGGUGUCCACCCCACGUGGGAGGGUGCUGCUCGCAUUUCUUGCAGCAUAGGUGACAGGCUUUACCACCGCGUUAGUGUAGCGGCAGAUAGUGUUAAAUGACUAUCCAGAGCCAAGACCAGGCAGCAGACUAACAGGCCUAACCGACUGUCUGCGAGUCGCCAUCGGACGUCACCUGGAAUCCUUAGGUCACAAACC